AUGUUGAUCAAUGUGAAAACAUUGAAGAAACACUGAACAUUAGCACAAUAAAUGUAGCAAAAAGGAAAUCUUCCUCGUAUUUCAUAUUGUUGCAUCCCAGACGACGCAAAUUUAGAAGAAGGAAAUUAGCGGGAUCUCGAAUCACAGCCAGUUUUCUCUGGACUGUUGCGGAAGAGAUCCAAGGAAACGGGAAAGAAGCACAAGAGAAUCCAUCUGCAGUGGGUCAUCACAUCAGAGAGAGAGAGAGGAUCAAAACGGAGUCAAAAUUUCGUCUAGGUAGCCAUGGCCUCCGCUCCGAUGAGGAUUGCCUUCGGUCUCCUAACCUUCGUCACCGUCGGCAUGAUCAUCGGUGCUUUGUUUCAACUAGCAUUUAUAAGGAGGCUAGAGGACUCCACGGGCAACGAGUUUCUACCUGCUGGAAGGUUACAUAAAACUCUGUAUGAUAGCCAACAUCAAUUACCUCGAGGUCUUCCUAAUUGGAUUAAUGACCAAGAAGCAGAAAUUCUUCGUCUUGGCUAUGUUAAACCAGAAGUAGUAAGCUGGUCACCACGAAUCAUUGUAUUGCAUAAUUUCUUGAGCCCAGAGGAGUGUGACUACCUUAAGGCAAUAGCACUUCCUCACCUUGAAAUUUCCACUGUUGUGGAUACAAAAACCGGGAAGGGAGUUAAGAGUGAUUUCAGAACGAGCUCGGGAAUGUUUUUAGGCCAUCGAGAUAAAAAAUUUCCGAUGGUCCAGGCAAUCGAAAAAAGAAUUUCUGUCUAUUCUCAAAUACCAAUAGAAAAUGGAGAGUUCAUUCAAGUGUUAAGGUACGAGAAGAAUCAAUUUUACAAGCCUCAUCAUGACUACUUUUCUGAUACUUAUAACUUGAUGCAUGGUGGUCAGCGAAUUGCAACCAUGCUUAUGUAUCUAAGUGAAAACGUUGAAGGUGGAGAAACCUACUUUCCGAAGGCUGGUUCUGGUGAGUGUAGUUGUGGCGGGAAGACCGUUCCAGGACUGUCAGUUAAACCAGUCAGAGGAGAUGCAGUGCUUUUCUGGAGUAUGGGGUUGGAUGGACAGUCGGAUCCAAAUAGCAUCCAUGGAGGUUGUGAAGUGCUGUCAGGCGAAAAAUGGUCUGCAACAAAAUGGAUGAGGCAAAAGAGUACUCUGGUACGAAGGUACCAACUCAAAACUUUUUAGUUCCAUUGUGUUGUUUAUCGGCAUUGAAUAUUGGCAUUGAAUAUUAUGUUACAUAUCAAGUAAUAAAUUUAUAGAAAGAAAGAGAAAGAAAGAAAGAAAGAAAAAAAGGGAGAGAGCCUAAUUUAGAUAGGGUCAUAACAUCAUGAAUAACACUCACAGUGAAUCAAUUUAUUUAAUGAAUAAUACAACAGCAUCUAAUGUUACUGAAGCUA